ACCGGUGCGUUGACAGAGUUCGAAGCGGUGGUUGGUUCCAGCAAGAGGACACCGAGUGGCGACGACAGCGGCAGCAAGGUUUUAGGCAAGCUCAAUGUCAUCUGGUGGUUUGGAAGCCGAGAUGGGUGAUUUCGCUGUGGCAGCCGAGAGCUGUGAGCCAGUCAUCACCGAAAACAAAGAGGCACCAUGCGGCACCGACAAUAGAGGAGAGGAACGCGAGUCACCCCACGAGGACAGUGUCAUUUCAGAGGUUGCAAGCACCGGCCAGCAGAGGAAAGGAGAAACCGAGGCCUCUCCCGGAAUAGAUAGCGUCCAGGUGAAGGAAGAAGAGGAGGAGAAUCAAGAGGAAGAACACGAAGAAACGGCAAGGCCGGGCAAACGCAAGUUCGGGGGUAUGGCCAAGGCCCUGGUCCGGCACAGCAUCUGGACAGUCAGCAGCCAGGGGCCCACCCACGCUGAAAGCUCCAACCAAGAGCCACCCAAGCGCCAUCGCAGAACCUCCGCGUCAGGAACAAGGGAGCAAUGCGGGGGCGGUGGUACGGCGGCAGCACAUCAGACGGCGAGUUUGUCAACGCGUGCGACCACCAGACACAGUGGGCCGGGACGGUGCUGCCAGGAGGAUGGCUGUUCAAGGCAACGGAGAUUUGGUAUGGCCGGCAGCAAGAAGGCGGAGUUCUGCUCUCAGCACGCGGAGCCGGAUAUGGUUAACGUCGUCACCAAACCGUGCGGCCACCCAGGUUGCACGAAGAAGCCGUCAUAUGGUAAAUCCGGCACCAAGAAGGCGGAGUUCUGUUCUCAGCACGCGGAGCCGGACAUGGUUAACGUCGUUCAGAAGAAUUGCGGCCACCUAGGGUGCACGAAGCGGGCGUCAUUCGGUAAACCCGGCAUCAAGAAGGCGGAAUUUUGCUCUCAGCACGCGGAGCCGGACAUGGUUCACGUCUUCGUUCAAAAGAGGUGCGGUCAUCCAGUGUGCAUGAAGCACCCGGUAUUUGGUAAAGUCGGCACCAAGAAGGCGGAGUUCUGCUUUCAGCACGCGGAGCCGAACAUGGUAAACGUUCUUCAAAAGAGGUGCGGCCACCCAGAGUGUACGAAGCAGCCGUCAUUGGGUAAAGCUGGCACGAAGAAGGCGGAGUUUUGCUCUCAGCACGCGGAGCCGGGCAUGGUUAACGUCGUCAACGAGCGGUGCGGCCGCCCAGGGUGCACAAAGCGGGCGUCAUUUGGUAAAGCUGGCAGUAAGAAGAGGGAGUUCUGCUCUCAGCACGCGAGGCAGGGAAUGAUCAACGUCGCCCACAAACGCUGCGGCCACCCAGGGUGCACGAAGCGGGCGUCAUUGGGAAAAGACGGUAGCAACAAGAGUGAGUUCUGCUCUCAGCACGCGGAGCAGGGUAUGGUGGGCGUCGUCAACAAGAAGUGCGGUCACCCAGGGUGCACGAAGCAUCCGUCAUUUGGUAAUGCUGGCAGCAACAAGGUGAAGUUCUGCUCUCAACACGCGCAGCCGAACAUGUUUAUCGUUACCCGCAAGAAGUGCGGCCACCCAGACUGCACGAAGGGGGCUACCUUUGGUAAAGCCGGCGACAACAAGCGUGAGUUCUGCCCUGAACACGCGGAGCCGGACAUGGUUAACGUCGUCCGAAAGACGUGCGGCCACCCAGACUGCACAAAGCGGGCUUCAUUCGGGGCAGCCGGCAGCAAGAAGCGUGAGUUCUGUUCUCGGCAUGCGAAGCACGGUAUGGUGGGCGUUGUCCACGAUAUUGGCGGCCACCCAGGGUUAACCCAGAAAUCGCGUCAUGAAAAAGACGGCAGUAAGAGGGCGUAGCUCUGUCAUCUGGGCACGCCGACGGAGGUAGGUAUGCAUAAGCCCAAAACCUCAUACCGAUAUCCAUAUGGUUGUGGUUUGUAUCGCGAAUGUGUCAAUUGUUUUUCAGGUUUGGGGAGUACAUAUGGGGGAACCGAAAAUAUAUUCUGUGUUGUUCAAUCUGAGUGUUCUUUCCACGGCGUCUUGUAUUGAGGCGUGCUUACCAGCCGCUCAUGGAACGCUCUCCAUGAGGUGGCAGGCUGGCGGACGAAGAGUUUUGGGAUUGAACGUGGUGUGUAGUGUGAGAAAUGAGGGGUCCUUUCUUCGCGGACGUGCCUUGCUUCGUGUACAAAAUAUGUUUGCCGCCGUUGUAGGUUUGUUGGGGUUGUGGUCAUGUUGUGCAGCAUUGCCCGACGAUAAGACCGAUAGCAUCAUAUCGCGCUUCGUUCAGUGCAAGUUCUGAGCAUGACGAAGCUCGCCGAGCUUCGAGGGCAAUAGCAGAGAAAUCGGGGCAAGCCCAAAAACCAAAUGCACUGCCCUGAUACGGGAACUUGCUUCGCGUAUGGCGGCUGAGGGCAGCAAAUUGGAACGAGUAUCCCGGAGGACAGGAAGGUGGACUCAAGCCGAAGAGCUUUCUACAGUAGGACUGGCGAGUGGUGUCGUCGACGCCAUCGGGAGGCAAUCGGGGGAAAUCACGGCGUGGGGUACAAGCCAAUUAACAUAAAACUAACCGCAUGCAAAAGCGCAGGUAGUGGCACUAGAC